UGGCACCGUCGUCGACGAUGCCCUCGAUCUCGAGGGCUGCAGGUGGUAGCUUCCUGAGCCGGAUGUGGGCUGCGACCAAGGGUCAGGACCGGGACGGCGGUGUAGACCGCGAGAUGGAUGGCCAGAGCCAGGGACAGAACAGCGCGUUCCGCCGACUGGCACACUCGAAGUCGGCGCUGUUCCGCAGCCAGCAGGCACAAGUGGUGGACGUAUGAUAUACACCCGCGAUCUAGGACGGAGACGACGACGACGCGACAUGAAGACAUGACAUGAGAAGCAUGCAAACACACAUGCCGCCCUUUUUCUUACCAUCAGGGGGUUUCAGUGGGACACGGACCUUUUUCGAAUUGUGCUCGCCUUGCUUUGAUUUGUCGCGACCCGUUCACUUACCUUAUUUUCUCUUCGCCUUCGCCUUCUUGCUGGACAACCUACCUACCAUACCUUACAUCCUUCUUACUUUAUUUUCUUCGCCACACCCUACCCUACGUCGUUCGACGACACACCUUUUACUUACACGGACACUUCACCUAGCUACCCCCACGUAGCAUCGCGGCGCGCUUUUUUCAUUUCGUCUUCGUUUGCGCCCGCGCCGACGGACUAUUCCGCACACACUACGCCCU